AGCUUCUGCUUUCCUCAUUGCUCUCCACUCUCUCCAUUGAGGCCUUUCGGUCGAAGAUCGAAUUGAACGGGGCUUAAGGAUGUUAUCUAAUAGCUUUGAGAAGGCAAAAUUAUCUCUGAGGAGGUCAGUCCAUGAGAUCCUGUAAAUAAGUUAACAUUGAAGAUAAAAGUCUCUCUGGAAUGUGUUUGCUUCAACAAUAUUGUGUCGAGUGAUGUUUGAAAACCAAUAUGGUACCAAGCAACCAAUCCCUCAACCUGACUUGGUCCACCUUGCCAAGUCAUCCAUGGCAAUCUCCAGAGGAUUGCAUCACAUGUGACAUUGAUUUUUGGGAAGUUUCCCCGGAUGAUUGGAUCAUUAAACCUACCUGGGAAGUGGCCUUAAAAGUGUCCGUGCUCUUUUUGGUGUGCUUCAUCGGAAUCUUGGGGAAUCUCUCUAUAAUCAUCAUUAUGAUUAACAACAAGAUCCUGUUGUUGAAUCGAACCAACUUGUUGUUGUGGAACAUGUGUGCAUCUGACUGCUUAAACCUAAUCUUCAACCCUUUACUGUAUCUUUUCAAACAGAACGUCAUCUUCAGAUUCUAUUACUUAGGGGAUUUCAUUUGCAACGUUACCCCGUUUCUAAUCGUUACUUUCAUGUUGGCCAGCGUUUUAAGCUUGACCACCAUCAGUGUUGUCAGAUUCCUCGGGAUACACUUUUCAAGCAAAGGAGAGUUUCGACUCUCCAAUGCUGUGGUUUAUUUGCUCAUUGGGAUCAUAUGGGUGAUUGCCCUGUCCGCAGCGAUUCCUACCAUAAUCUUCCGUCGAUAUUGGACCAGACAGUGGAGCAAUCUGAUUGAGACCAAUUGCGACGAUCAAGGAGAGUCAUCCGACCUGAUUAGGAUCUAUUGGUUGGCUCUUUUGGGGCUCUUGGUGUGGAUUCCCACCAUUGUUAUGGUUGUCUGUUACUUUCUCAUCUUCAAGCAACUCAAUGCCAGCAAAAAUAAAUUCCCGUACAUGUCAGCUCAAUCUCGAGUCGCCAGAUCUCGCCAAAAGGUCAUUCAGACGCUCGUAUUUCUCUUGGUUGUUCAGAUCAUCAGUUGGUUUCCAUGGCAGUUUUUUACCCUCUAUGACGCGUUCGUGCUGUACCUCAACAAUGGAUCUUUUGAUGCUGAUUCGGUGUACACCCAUAUAAUUGGGCCCAUUUUAUACGACGUUAAGUAUUACUUUGUCUUCACCGGGAGUGCUUUAAAUCCAAUACUUUACGGAUAUCGAAGUGACACCAUGCGAAAGGCGUUCAAGCUGACGUUUCCAUGCUUCUUCAAGAAAAAGGCUAAUUUCGUCAUCGUCCGAGGAAAUAAAGGUAACCAAGCCACAGCUUUGUUCAGACGGGUGGACAUCAAGAUGAAUUCCAUGGUAGGCAAAACCAUCAUUCACGAAGGUGUGAUGGGCUUGGCACCAAUUAUGGCUCAUGGUGUGAUGACCAGUGGUUACAAUAAGCCAAAAAGUCUUGUAGGAAGAGAUGCAUUCUUUCACGAGCGAAACAAGAGGUCUUGGCCCAAACGUAUGAACAUAACCAAAUCCUAUUCUACUGGUCAAAUUGCCGAUAGGGUUGUUUCAAUGGAUUUUGGUGCUCCCAAAGCUGAUCAAGGCAAUUUGUUCUACAAGAUGCCGAUCACGCCAGAACCAGCCAAGAAGUCAAGUGCCCUGAAUCAAGCCGCUCAAGGCCUUCUCACCAUCCCAAAGAAGAUCAAACGAAGGAUUUCGGUGACUGCCCCGAAGCCUCAGGGGAGUCCCAUUUUGGACAUGAUGAGAAUAGGAUCUUCUCAAGGACCAACCGCCUCUUCGUCAUUUGAAGAUAUCACUAAAGACACUGUGCUAACUCCGGCCAAUUCUAUCUCCAGAGAUAUGUCUGAUAACGACAAGGUUAUGGACGAAGACAAGAAGAUGGAGUUUAACCUGGAGCGACUUCAACAAAUGCUAUAUGAUCUGAAACUUCGGGAAAUGACGAAGUCAAUGUUAACUUACAGACCCUCAGGAAGACGUUAUACAAAAUAAAGAACAAGUCAUGUCAACCCUUGAAACUCCAAUGGUUUGCUGUUAUUAUAA